AUGUCUGACACACCGCUAGGGAACUCGAACAACCAUGUGCGCAUUAGUAAAAUAGCUGGACGAUAUCUCGUGUUUGACCCAGAGGCCGCCGCCCUUUUGAGGCGCAGGGAUAACAUCAGUGGCACUUUGGUUGGCACGACUCCGCAACAGCCCACUCAGAAUGUGUUUCUUGGUCUUCCGAUUGAGCUGCGCCCCGAGGAGGCCGACGCGCUGAUCCGGCGUAAGGCAGCGUACGUGGUUGACUCUGCCACUGCUCACAUGGCGACCUUAUCUCGUGAGGAUGCGGAUUCCAGGACAGCGUACAAGGAAUCCCUCAGGAGGGGAAAGCAGGCCGCGCAACAAGCAACCUCCAACCGCAGUGCCAAAAGAGCUGUCGAGGUCGCAAGCCGAUUGGGACGAUCAGGUGCCGCUGUCACGCCCAUUGCUUCGUCCACCAGUGCCCCCCAUGGAGUCGACGACGCUCGAGUGCCGUCGUCCGAGUCCGAUGUCACUGUGCGUCCGACGACUAACAACGUGAACGUCUGGGGCAUAACACCAAUCUCGAGCGGCAGCCUUGCCCCUCCCUCUGUCGCUUCAGACCCAGCUCCGGAUGCGGGCAUGGCCUUCGACGGUCCCUUGUGUCGCUUCCUUCAGACUGCAAAGUUUUACAUGACACCUGGCCUUCGCUUUGGCGCGCGCUAUAGCGUCUAUCCUGGCGACCCGCUACGCUUCCAUGCUCACUUCAUGGCCAACCAGUACGACUGGAAUGAAGAGAUACCAAUCCUUGACGUAGUGAGUGGUGGCAGACUUGCCACGGCGGUCAAGAAGGCAUUUCUUAUGGGUGGCCAUCAGGCCCCUUCAGAAACAAUGCUCCAACCGCCACUUCGCACGAUCAGUGUUGAAUGGGCCGCCAUGUGA